GAUUUGUGACAGAUAUUUUGAUGAAUUCAAUGAAUUAAACUAUAAUUAUUUGCAAAUUAUCUUUUAAUUUAUCAUAGAUUCACAACAAAAAUUCAAAAAGUAAAAAGGAGAGGCGCUGGGGCUUUAGACUGCCCUUUAUCAGGCCGUGAUUGAUGCCGAAUACACGUCUUCACAGUCACAUAUAUAUUUCCUUCUCUUUCAAAAAAAACAUGAUUACUAUAUAUUUUCCCAUAUACUUAUAUUGUUGAAGAUAUCCCAUUUAUCUUAGUCCUCACUCAAGCAUUAAUAUUUUUAUUCACAUUGUAUUUAUUAUUUUAUUUUUAUUUUUCGGGUGAGGGAGCAAUAAAUAGCCUUGAAAUGCCCAGUUUGCGUCCCAUACUCCUGCCCCAAGCCUCAUACGAUAUUUCUUAUUUAAUUAUGUAUUUUUAUUUUAUACAUUAUUAUGCAUCAAUAAUGUCGUAUACAAAACCCAAAUUCCAGACUCACUCAACACGCUCAACCCCGACUUCACUUUUCUUUUUAGUCUCUCUCUCAACAUUCAACUACCACAAAAAAGAAAAGAAAAAAAAAACUAUCAACCCAACUAAUAAAACAUAUGAUUUGAAGAAUCUAGUUAGGCAAAUCACACUAGCCUUUUCAUAUAUAUAUGUUGCCUUUGCCUAUAACCAUUUCCACACUAGCAAUCUCUCAUUUUUGUCCAAUUAUGGAUUGGUUCUCUUGGCUCUCAAAAACAGGGCUAGAGCCCACCCUCGUCUACGAAUACGGCUUAUCCUUCGCUCAGAACGAGCUGGAGGAAGGCGACAUCUCCUAUUUCAACCAUGAAUUCCUCCAGAGCAUGGGCAUCUCCAUAGCCAAGCACCGCCUCGAGAUCAUCAAGCUCGCCAGGAAGGACAAGGCGCAGCCCGUAUCCAAGAUCUUGAUCGCCAUCAAACGGACCAAGAGGUGCUUCUCCAAGUACCUGUGGGCCCGACCCCGCGAGGGCGAGGGCGAGGACUCUGCCCUCGCCCUCGUGCCCAGGCGCAGCUACAGUGCACGCUGGAAGGGCAGCGCCCUGCUCAGGAGGAACAAGAGGAUCGCCAUGGCCAACAGGAGUGGGGCCCUCACGAGCAAAGCCCCCCUCCUGCUGACCAAUGGGAGCCCCAUGUUCUUCCACAGCUCGAGAAUCGACAGCUUCUCGAGCCCGUAUCAUCCCGCCGGGGAUGUUCGGAAGGAGGAUUAUGAUGAGUAUUGGUCCCCUGCGGUUGAAGAUAUCAGGUGGGAUGCCAUGUUUCAGAACUUGAAACCUACUUGAAACACUUGGUGCCAUUUUAGUAAUAUUUUUUUCUUUUAACCUUUUGUUUAAUUUGGCUUUCAGUUUGAGUGGUGAGAGAUUGGUUUUUAGGGCUCUUUCCACCAAUUACGGCUUAAUUGGUUUAGGCAUUUUGAUUAGUUUUAAUUUGUCACACAAUCGUUACGUCGUAAAUUUACGUAGAUGUGUAGGUGAUUUUCCAUCACCUAAAUUCGGUACAGUGGUUAUGGUUCCACUUAGGGCUCUUUACUAAUUUCAACUAAUUAGUGGAGGCUGCACAUAAAGUUGUUUUGCGUAUGAUGAGUUUUUUUUUUUUACUUUAUUGUAAUUUCUUCACACAUGGAGGGCUACAUAUGAUUUCUGGA